AUGUCUUUAGCACUAGAGUCUCAUUGUAAUAUCGAUUAUGAGUGUCUUGAUGCGCUUAUUGAUGUAGCAGAAAAUUUGCAAAAAGAAUUUAGUAAAUCAGUCAGACAAAAAGAAAUCAAAAAUGACCUGAGAAAACUAACAAGUGAACUUAGUAUUCAUAGCAGCUACUUCAGAAAUUUUAAUUAUAAAAUUGAUAAAAAUUUAUCUACUCAUAAAACAACCAAGAAAUUUAGACUUUCAUCUGAUACAUUGAGACGUUGGUUAAGACAGGGAAAAAUAUCUGCAAAAACAUCUCCAACUGGGACCCGUCUCUAUGAUAUUUCUUUUUAUUUACUGGAGUUGAUUACUCAAAAUGAUACCUCAACCACCUCCGUUACUGAAAAUAAAGGUUUCCUAUAUGCACGUGCCUCAAGUAAAAAAGAAGACCUUGAAUAA